AUGGAGUCUGGUCAGGAUCGGGUGGUCGCUCUCGUAGACAUGGAUUGCUUCUACGUCCAGGUGGAGCAGAGGCUGCGGCCGGAGCUGAAGAACAAGCCAGUGGCCGUGGUGCAGUACAAGACCUGGAAGGGAGGAGGGAUUAUAGCGGUCAGUUAUGAAGCCCGGGCCUUCGGGGUGACCCGGAACAUGUUUGGCGACGACGCUAAGAAGCUUUGUGCUGACCUGCAGCUUGCCCGUGUCAGAGAGGCUCAUGGGAAAGCCGAUCUCACAAAGUAUCGGGAGGCCAGCGUGGAAGUGAUGGAGGUCAUGUCUCGGUUUGCCGUGGUGGAAAGAGCGAGCAUUGAUGAGGCUUACAUAGACCUGACUGAAGCCGUACAGAAACGAUUGCAGGACAUGGAGGGUCAGCCUGUGUCGGAGGAUAUGCUGAAAUGCACCUACGUUCAGGGCUAUCCUCAGCUGAAGCCAGUCUCCGAGGAGAGCCUCAGCAAAGAGGAGGGGCGUCGUCUGGGGGUGGAGCAAUGGUUGAAGUCCCUCCCCCUGGGAAGCCUUCAUAGUCCUGAGCUGAAUCUGACGGUCGGAGCCAUCAUUGUAGAGGAGAUGAGGGCAGCAGUCGAGGAAGAGACGACCUUUCAAUGCUCUGCCGGGAUUUCUUAUAACAAGGUUCUGGCAAAGUUGGCUUGUGGAUUUAAUAAACCAAACCGCCAAACUAUCGUCUCUCAGAACUCCGUGCCGGAACUAUUCAACCAGCUGCCUAUCGGAAAGAUACGCCUUCUUGGAGGUAAACUUGGGAAAUCUAUCAAAGAGAUCCUAGGCGUGGAAUUCAUGGGUCAGCUGACCCAGUUCAGCGAAUUAUGUCUCCAGGGCCACUUUGGUGAUAAAACCGGAUCGUGGCUCUAUAACCUGUGCCGUGGGAUUGAGGAUGAACCAGUGAAGCCCAGACAGCUGCCUAAAUCGAUUGGCUGCAGCAAGACUUUUCCUGGGAAGACAGCGCUGUGCACACGAGACCAGGUGCAGUACUGGCUCUUACAGCUGUCUACGGAGCUGGAGGAGAGGCUGAAGAAGGACAAGGACACAAAUCACAGAACGGCCAAGCUGCUGACCAUAGGCAUAAACCGGCAAGGAGACCCUCGUUGGAGCAGCGUGUCCCGGUGCUGUGCCCUUACCCGCUAUGAAGCACAGAAGAUCAGCAGUGAUGCCUUCGUGGUCCUGAAAGGUUUUAACACGGCUGGAAGCCACCAAGCUGCAUGGUCUCCUGCACUCAAUCUGCUGUCACUCUCUGCCAGUAAAUUCACAGAAACUGCGUCUUCUGGAAGUGGAAUUGCCAACUUUCUCACCAAGGAUACAGGUGGUACCCAGAUGCCUUCGAGCUCACUCACCCAAAUGUCACCCAACAGCCCUAAAACGCCCCAGAAAGAGCGUCAAAGUUCAGAGAGUAGAACCCCCAGUACCAUCCAAAUGAUGUUCCAGAGAGCAGCGGAGAAAAGGAAGGAGGUCACAGAGGAACAGGAACCCCUUCCCGGUGCUUCUACCCAGAACUCAGAGGAUAAGAUAGACAAUGUGAACAGCGUGGUGCCGGUCCGAAGGUCCUUCUUUAUGUCCAAAUCCCACCAACAGCUGACCAUGGACCUGGGGAAAUCUGAACCUCCGAGUAAUGUUCAGGAUGGAGGGGCCUCCUAUGAGGUCCAAUUAUCUGAUGACUUUGUCAGUUCCUCCUCCACCGACCCAGCGAAGGAGAAACCAGAACACCGAGAGGAGGACAUGAUGAGCUGUGAGAAGUGUCACCAGCAGGUCCUGGUGUGGGACAUCCCGGAACACAUGGACUAUCACUUUGCUCAGGAAUUACAGGACUCUUUCUCAGUUCCUAAUCCCAGCACUUCUCUAUCUCGACCCCUCAUGACUCCCCCAGCCAGACCAAAAACCAAAACUAAGAACCUCUCGGCUCCGAGUGCAAAGCGUGCCCGGAGUGAAGGCAGCCGGACUUUGGAUACCUUCUUCAAAAAAGCUCCUUAGAUCGCGGCUUGGUGUGUAGGUUGUUCUCC